AUGUCAACAAACCGCGCAAAUUCAGGUUAGAGAACAGGUCACUGUGCUACGGUAAAUAAAAAUUUGUCUCCUAGCCCUAAUCACAUUUCGAAAUAAAGUUUUCGCUUAAGAGGAAACUGCUUAUCUCAGUUAUCUAUCAAUAGAGCAGUGACCUGUACCUGUGACCUGUAACCAGUGUUUUUUCCUGCCAUUUUGCGUGCCUGAAUUAACAUUUUUUAAAAACUCAGCUUUCGUACCCUUCGUUUGACCAUAAACCAAAAUCCCGGCCUGGCUGACUGCCUUAGUAACCUCCUACCUGAAAAACAUUUAAAUUACUGGCUGAUUGGCUGGCUGGCUGGCUGGCUGACUAACAGAGUACUUAGAUGGGCUUAUGAAUUUCACUAUAUCGAAUAAAAAACUGUCGAAGUGCAAGUGUUUAGUUGAGAGGCUUAGCUUUGCUGCCAUUGUUCUCUUUUAAAUAGGAUUAACCCAUUCGCACCGAUCUCUAAAGUGGAGAGUCACAUAUUGCAUGGGUGUUCAUGUUAUACCGGAUAACUUAUCGUGUCAGCACGGAAAGCUAUACGGUGUACUGUCAACAUAGCCUAAGGCAAGCACGUGGUGGCCCUCGUUUACUGAUGGUAAAGAUCUUAUUCCGAAGUUCGGACAUGCAUAGGCGCGAUUUCCCCCGCUUUCUCGGUCCUUUAUGGGGGAAGACCGCGGGCUCAUUUCCCGAAUGGGUUAAGCCAAAGCCACAUCUGCUUGGUGAGCAAAUUCAGUUUAUCCAAAUAAGAAGUCAAGGUAAGGCUAACCCCUUUUUGUUUUCUUUUUAGUUCGCAUAUCUCGAGCUAUAGUACGAGCUCGUGACAGGAUUCCAAUAGUUUCCACCAGACAUUUGGCAGCCUUUGUUACCGCAGCAGUUCGUAACGUCAGAACUGACAGAUUUUCCUGUCAAUUGCACAACGCAGCAGAAACCUUCCAAACUCUACGCAAUACUCGUAAACGACGAGUUGAACGAACUUUAAAACAGCACAUAAACGUCUCUGCCUUGCAUGGCGCCUUGUUGUGAUUUCCUUUCACGCGCUAGAAGACUCGUUUGUCGGGCAUUUCUUCAAAGAAACGCACUCCGAAGUGAGCUACCUGCGUUCGAGAACGAAUGUUACAGGUAAAGCCAAGACGAGUACAUGGCUACCCUCCAUAAAAAGGUGAUUUACCCCUCGGCUGAAGAGGUUUACCUUAAUCCCUGCUCAUGUUCAGCCAAGCUACGGACGGCUGCGAAAGCGGACAAUUUGGUUCUGGAUUUACUGAAGUUACAAAGUUGUUGGGCAACAACACUGGACAACCCUUUCAUAACAGCACAUCACCUUCUCAUGUCUUCGAGUCUUAAAAUUGCUUUUACAUUUUGUUCUGUGACGUUAUGUUGACCUAUAUUUCUUUGUUGAAUCAGUGAAAAGUCAGUAAAUAUUUAUGAAGAGUAUAUAGAAAGGGGGACGACUCUUCGCAAAUUGCCUUUUUUGACUGACAAGAUCAAAUGAAAAUGAGGGUUUGUAAU